AUGUCUUCUCGACCUGACCUCAAGGUCGACGACGAAGUCGGUUUCAUCCGCUUCUACCGCUCCCUCCCAGACAACACCAACAAUGAAACCAUCCGAGUCUUCGACCGCGGUGACUGGUACUCAGCGCACGGCUCGAACGCCGAGUUCAUCGCCCGCACAGUCUACAAAACCACCGCCGUCCUGCGCAACCUCGGCCGCAGCGAGACAGGCGGUCUCCCCUCCGUAACGAUGAGCGUGACGGUUUUCCGCAACUUCCUCCGCGAGGCGCUCUUCCGGCUAAACAAAAGAAUUGAGAUUUGGGAGUCUGGUGGUACGGGCAAGGGACAAUGGAAGUUGGGGAAGCAGGCGAGUCCCGGGAAUUUGCAGGAUGUGGAGGAAGAACUGGGCAGUGUGGGUGGAUUGGCGUUGGAUGCGACAGCGCCAAUUAUACUUGCUGUGAAGAUAUCCGCGAAGGCGGAGGGGAGGGGCGUUGGUGUCUGCUUUGCGGAUGCGAGUGUGCGGGAGUUGGGGGUUAGCGAGUUCUUGGAUAAUGAUGUGUACUCGAACUUUGAGUCGUUGGUGAUUCAGCUGGGCGUGAAGGAGUGUCUGGUGCAGAUGGAUACGGGGCGAAAGGAUGUCGAGCUGGGCAAGAUCAGGACGAUUGCGGAUAGCUGUGGAAUUGCUAUUUCGGAGCGGCCGGCGGCGGAUUUCGGUAUUAAGGAUAUCGAGCAGGAUCUGACGCGGCUGCUGCGCGAUGAGCGCUCAGCUGGGACGCUGCCGCAGACGGAGUUGAAGUUGGCCAUGGGCUCCGCGUCCUCGUUGAUCAAGUAUCUCGGGGUUAUGUCUGAUCCGACCAAUUUCGGGCAGUAUCAGCUGUACCAGCAUGAUUUGUCGCAGUACAUGAAGCUAGAUUCGUCGGCGCUGCGUGCACUGAAUCUCAUGCCUGGUCCGCGCGAUGGGUCGAAGAGUAUGAGUCUGUUUGGGUUGCUGAAUCACUGCAAAACGCCUGUGGGUAGCCGGUUGCUUGCGCAGUGGCUGAAGCAGCCGUUGAUGGAUAUCAAGGAGAUUGAGAAGCGGCAUACGCUGGUCGAGGCGUUUGUUGAGAAUACCGAGCUGCGACAGACUAUGCAAGAGGAGCACCUGCGGUCUAUUCCUGAUUUGUACCGGCUGGCUAAGCGGUUCCAGCGCAAGCAGGCUAAUCUAGAGGACGUCGUUCGUGUGUACCAAGUUGCUAUUCGUCUGCCCGGGUUUGUCAGUUCUUUGGAUAAUGUUAUGGAUGAGCAGUACCAAACCCCCUUGGAGACGGAAUAUACGGCCAAGCUUCGACAGCACUCGGAUAGCUUGGCUAAGCUUGAGGAGAUGGUUGAGACGACGGUUGACCUUGAUGCGCUGGAGAACCACGAGUUCAUUAUCAAGCCCGAGUUCGACGAUAGCCUGCGCAUUAUUCGGAAGAAGCUGGAUAAACUGCGGAAUGACAUGGACUCUGAGCAUCGCCGUGUCGCACGGGAUUUGGACCAGGAGGCAGACAAGAAGCUCUUCCUUGAGAACCAUCGUGUGCACGGCUGGUGCUUCCGACUCACUCGUACCGAGGCGGGUUGUAUCCGGAAUAAGCGGGAGUAUCAGGAAUGCUCGACGCAGAAGAACGGCGUUUACUUUACCACGUCGACUAUGCAGUCUCUUCGCCGCGAACAUGACCAGCUGUCUUCGAAUUAUAACCGCACGCAGACCGGCCUCGUCCAUGAAGUCGUCGCCGUUGCCGCGUCGUACUGCCCGGUCCUGGAACAGCUUGCCGGUGUGCUGGCCCAUCUCGAUGUCAUCGUUAGCUUUGCGCAUUCAUCCACACAUGCCCCGUCCUCCUAUGUACGUCCGAAGAUGCACCCGCGUGGCACGGGAAGCACAAUUCUGAAAGAAGCCCGCCACCCAUGCAUGGAAAUGCAGGAUGACAUCUCCUUCAUCACCAACGACGUCUCCUUGGUCCGUGACGAGUCUUCGUUCCUUAUCAUCACUGGUCCUAAUAUGGGUGGUAAAUCGACCUACAUCCGACAGAUUGGUGUGAUUGCGCUCAUGGCGCAGACUGGUUGCUUCGUCCCUUGCUCUGAAGCUGAAUUGACCAUCUUCGACUGUAUACUCGCCCGUGUCGGUGCUAGUGACUCUCAGCUCAAGGGUGUUUCGACGUUCAUGGCGGAAAUGUUGGAGACUUCGAACAUCCUCAAGUCGGCUACGUCGGAGUCUUUGAUCAUCGUCGAUGAGUUGGGUCGUGGUACGAGUACGUAUGAUGGAUUCGGUUUGGCCUGGGCUAUUUCAGAGCACAUAGUCACCGAAAUCCGCUGCUUCGGACUCUUCGCGACCCACUUCCACGAACUGACAGCCCUCGCGGACCGAUACCCCAAGUCAGUCAAGAACCUCCACGUCGUAGCCUUCAUCGACGGCGCGGAAGCCAAGUCCGAGCCCACAGAAGAUGAGAAAACCAAACAACAACGCCAAGUCACCCUCCUCUACCGCGUAGAACCCGGAAUUUGCGACCAAUCCUUCGGUAUCCACGUCGCCGAGCUAGUCCGCUUCCCCGAGAAAGUCGUCAACAUGGCUCGUCAGAAAGCAGAGGAACUCGAAGACUUUUCAUCUGCAGAGCAGCCAGAUAAGAAGGAACAGCAGUCUGCUCUUGACGGAUACUCUCAGGAAGAGGUUGAGGAGGGUAGUGCAUUGCUUAAGGCUAUGCUGGUCAAGUGGAAGGGGGAGGUUGAAGCGCCUGGCAAGGAGGGAUUGACGGCUGCUGAGAAGAGGCAGAUUAUGAGGGAGAUUGUUAAUGGGGAUGAGAAGUUGAGGGCGAGUAAGAUGUUUCAGGGUUUGAAGGCUUUGUAG